CGUAACGCGCAACGGAAAAUUUAUUCGUGUACAAAGAUAGUAAUAAAAAAGGAGAACUUUCUAAUUUGAGCUAUCUUUUUUUUUUAAUUUUUACUUUUAGCCUGUUCCUCCGUGUUUAUCUACCAGCUCAGCUCAGCUCAGCCGCCUUGACCGGAACAAUGGGUGGAGCUGAUCUAACGCGUUUGAAUAAAGGGAUCAAUCCCUUUUCUCCAUUUUCAAACCUUCUAUUAGAUGAAGAACCUUCCCGGUUCACUUCUGUUACAUCAAUCCCUUUCCUCUGUUUAAUUUCGGAUCUGCGAUGUUCAGGCCGGAGAUCACCACCGACGUGCCGCUCAUCGCCGUCGUCGGGGAGGCCUUCUGCUUCCCUUACCUGGUAGACUUGACUGCUAAGAAGGGGAUUUACGGCGUCUCUUCUCUCCAGUUCGACGUCUCCGACGGCAAUGGAAGCCCUCUCCUCCGAGUCCACGGCAGGCUCUGGCGGUUGUUGCAGAAGAAACGGACCAUUUCUGACCCCUUCGGCCUCCCCGUCGUCACUAUGCGCGCCAAGACUCUUGCCUUAAGGAAUGUUUGGCAAGUUUACAAGGGAGAAAGUUCAGCUGAAGAGAAUCUGUUAUACACGGUCCGAGAAACUAAAUAUAUUCGGAUGAAAGUCAGACUGGAUGUUUUCAUGGCUAGCAACCAGGGAGAUAUCUGUAAUUUCCACGUUAAGGGUUCCUAUGCUUCUCAGAAUUUCAAAGUCUACCAAGGAGAUAAUGUGAUUGCUGAGGUGAAGGAAGAGAAGAAGAUUGGCAACUUCUUCAAAGGCAUAGAGAGGUUUGAUGUAAGAGUCUUCCCUGGCGUCGAUUAUGCUUUCGUCGUUUCGCUAUUAGUUAUAAUCAAUGCCAUUGAUGGAGGAUCAUAACAAUAAGCCUUUGAUUUCUUCUCUUAGUGAUUUUUUUUUUGCUUGAAUUUACAUUCUUUUUUGUUGUUUGGUUGUUUGAAAUUACAUUUUUGUUUAGAGUGCUUAUAGUCAGUCUUAUGUAUUAUUAUAAGAACCUAUGUAACACAAAAGCUGUUUAACUAAUUUGAGAGGUUUUUGUGUAGAUGUAAUGGUCUCGAGACUUAAAAAGUUAAAGAAAAUUUAUCCCAUUGU